CUAGGAUGGGCAAGAUGGCGAAUCCACACCUAUAUAGACACAUAAAUGAGACCCGAGAACAGAAAUCUUUUUUCAUUCUCACAGUACUUCCAUCAAUCAAUUCAAUUCUCUUAAAAUGCGACCCUUCAAGUCCGCCCUGGAAGCUUCUUCCUACCAACACCCAGCUAGCAACGGGCCCUGGGCCCAGCGCCGCGAUGAGACGAUAUCGAAAAUGCUCGAACAAGGCCUGGAAUACCCCACCCUGGCAGAGCACCCCAUAGCCUGGGCAGAAGACCAAGAUCCGUUUGGACACGUUAUGACCCAGACAUAUCCGCACAUCAAUGCCAAAUGCUUCCUUCGAUUACUCGAGUCUUUCGAGGAACAGCUAAAGGAUCGGUUUCCAGACUUUAUGAAGGCGCGCGGAAUCGGUAUCAUGUCCAACAGACUUGUGCUGAGUAUGAAGCGGGUAGUGAAGUAUCCUGAUCUGCUCAUAACCGGGGUACGCCUUGUGGAGGUCCGCCCAGAUCGGAUAUUCUUUGAAAAUGAGCUUUGGUCUGCGCAGACCAAAGAGAUGGUGGCCGGCUUCCAGAUGGUGGCUGUUUUCUUUAACCACCACACGGGGAAGAAGGCGAAUCUGCUAGAAGAAGGGGGUGUUUGGGCAGAUUUGCAUGCCUCUCUGUUGCGGCGCUCGGCGGAGUCAAAUCGGACUCUGGGGAUUUGGCAGGAGAAGCAGAAGAGGCAAAACAAUGGCAAGCUCUAA